ACGAGUGUGGGUAGAGGAAGGGAAAAAAGAUCGAGACAGCCAGGGGAAGAGAAAGAUGUCACUGUCUAAUCUCCCUGUCAUUUUUAUUUCCAGCAGGCGCCGGGCGAAGGGGCUGCUAGAACAAUGCUGAGGCGGGCGAGGUGAGGAGCAGCUCCGCGCAGCAGCCCCGUCGGAGGAUCUCGAACAGGUGAUCGGAGGAGCCGGGGAAACCGAGGCCACCUGGGCAUCCCUCCCCUUGGCACCCGAGAGAGACGAGCCUCAAAGACACAGUGGAGAAACCAUGGCGACCAAUUUCAACGACAUCGUCAAGCAAGGCUACGUGAAGAUGAAGAGCAGGAAGCUCGGGAUCUACCGGAGGUGCUGGCUGGUGUUCCGAAAGUCCUCCAGCAAGGGGCCCCAGCGGCUGGAGAAGUAUCCAGACGAGAAGUCCGUGUGCCUCCGAGGCUGCCCCAAGGUGACAGAGAUCAGCAACGUCAAGUGUGUCACACGGCUCCCCAAGGAGACCAAGAGGCAGGCAGUGGCCAUCAUAUUCACUGACGACUCAGCACGGACCUUCACCUGCGACUCAGAGCUGGAGGCAGAGGAGUGGUACAAGACACUCUCUGUGGAGUGUCUGGGGUCGAGGCUCAACGACAUCAGUCUGGGAGAGCCAGACCUCCUGGCCCCGGGAGUGCAGUGUGAGCAGACAGAUCGCUUCAAUGUCUUCCUGCUGCCCUGCCCCAACCUGGACGUGUAUGGCGAGUGCAAGCUGCAGAUCACCCACGAGAACAUCUACCUCUGGGACAUACACAACCCCCGCGUGAAGCUCGUCUCGUGGCCCCUCUGCUCACUGCGCCGCUACGGCCGGGAUGCCACCCGCUUCACCUUUGAGGCUGGCCGGAUGUGUGACGCUGGAGAAGGGCUCUACACCUUCCAGACACAGGAAGGGGAACAGAUUUACCAGCGGGUCCACAGUGCCACCCUGGCCAUCGCUGAGCAGCACAAACGAGUCCUGCUGGAGAUGGAGAAGAAUGUGAGGCUGCUGAGCAAGGGCACAGAACAUUACUCAUACCCCUGCACGCCCACUACCAUGCUGCCCCGCAGUGCCUACUGGCACCACAUCACAGGUUCCCAGAACAUCGCCGAGGCCUCCAGCUUCGCCGGUGAGGGGUAUGCGGCAGCCCAGGCCAGCUCAGAAACGGACCUCCUCAACAGAUUCAUCCUGCUAAAGCCAAAGCCCAGCCAGGGGGACAGCAAUGAGGCCAGGGCCCCUUCCCAGUGACGGCAGAGCUAGCGUGCCUGGAUGACCGCUGGGGCUGCCUGCAGGGGCUGUGGGCCAGGAGCCCAGAGAAAGGGAGCAAGCUGUCCCUUCUCUGCCCCCAAGGGUGAGACUGGACCAAGGCAAAGGGCUGGCCACGCCACCUGAGCAUGUGUGAGGGGCUGGAGCUACCAUAGGACUAUAUACGGUUAAUGAUUUUAAUAUAUAUGGCUUAUGACAUUAUUCUAUAUUAAUAAGAUUUCCCCCUCUGUCCCUCCCUGCCACCACAUACAUUUUUAUCCCCAUGACCAGGCCACAGCCAGGGCUGUUUCUGAAUGUGAGGGCAGUGGUUUUUCCUGUCCCCGAAGGGGUACCAGCCCUCCUGCUUUGGGCCCAAGGAGGGAGACAGUCCGCACUCCUGGUGCCUGCUCUUGCUGCUGGCUUUCCCACGCAGCCCAGGGGUGGAGACGGCAGGUGGCUUCUUGGUCCCUCUGGGCCUGGUGGCACAGGAAGGAUCCGCGCUUACACUGUGCCACUCAGCAGCCUUGCACUUGGGAGUUUUAUGCAGAGGUGACAUCUGGCUGACACCUCAAGUGAAAAUCUGGUUUUAAAGUGGUUUCUGCCCAGGCUCUUCCUGCUUCGUAGGCUGAGAAGACAUCCUGGGGGCAGGGUGCUGAUUACCUCAGCCCAGGGAGAGUGGCCUCCCGAGCUCUUUCCUGCUCCAGGGCCAGGCCGGCCCCCAGGAGGACUGCGGGGUCGGGGUGAGCACCCUGCUGCCCCCUCACUGACCAGGUGGGCAGUGCUCCCGUGGAGGGUGCCCCCCUGCCCUGUGUGGCCUCCCUCUGGCCAAAAGGACUCAAAAACUGAGACCACCCCAUUUCCUCCUCCCCACAUGGUGCUGAGGCUCCCUGCUGAAACGCAAUUAAAGCAAUUGAUUUUCUAGUGCUGGUAUUUAUUGACUACCGUGCAGAAGGGCUAUCUUUCUACUCACAUCAAACCUUUGGUUGUGUGUGUGUUGGGUUUUUUGUUUUUAAUAUUUUAGGGUUCUAAUCUGUGGGAACACACCCUGUUGUAAAUAACCACUAUUCGAGUUGUGGCAGGAGGAUGGUAAAUCAAGAGGCCCCUCCAGACAGAGCCCUGGAGCCAGGGAGGGGCCACAGCCCGCUCAGCUCUGAACCUGACCCAGGGAAUGACCACCCCAGGAGUAAGCUAGCCUGAAGGAGGGCACCCAGAGGCCACGGGGAGGGAGGCAGAGCUGGCUGGCUCGGUUCGUGGCUUGAUGACGCAUGAAGGAGAUUACGUACGUUGUGCUCUUUAUUGCCAAAAAUAAAAACUUUCAAAAGACAA